UUAUUCUGUUUCAGGUGAACACAUGUCUGGUGCAGCAGCGAUAUUCGUGUUCUUAUUGCCGGGGAUUCCAAUGUCCAUCGUUUGAAGUCUGCGUGUCCUCCAAAUGCAAGGAUUGACUUUCUGCCCGUAUCUGGUGCAAAGUAUGUGUCUGACCGGAAGGGCUUUAGAAAGCUGCUGCAUCAAGAGCUGAUGUCAGGUUGUUACGACAUACUGUACCUGCAUCUUGGCUCUAACGAUGUUUGCUGCAAGGAUAGCGAUUUCUACCGUUGUGUGACAGAGAUCCUUGAUGUUGUAUUCAGUGUGUGCACUGAAAUACACGUGGUGCUUUGCGAGAUUCUUCCACGCGAUUUUGAUGUGAGAAUGUUUCCCCGAUGGCCACUCUCAGGGGCACAGUUGAGGAACUACUGCCAGUGGAUAAGGAGCGCAAACAGCAUGCUGUGGGAACUGAGUCACCAUGUGCCUUCUGUGAGAUACAUGGACUAUGGAGCAACUAAACAGAAGUCCCUGUACUUGACCCAUGAUGGACUACAUCUGAGUGCUGAAGGGGCUAGGAGGUGUUUAGCAUCCAUACAGGACGACCUGCCAAACCAGCUGUGUGUGGAGGCUGCUGUUCAAGAUCCUACAGAAUGGCCAGCUCUCUCAGCCACGGAAGUACCGGUUCAGGAGCAUGACAGCACCAUAGCACUCUUUUCGGAUAUUGUGCAGACUGGAGCUCAACCAGAGAUUCAAGACAAGGUGGAUGCAAGUGAAGUACCAGUUCCCAGGGACAUUAAGUCUCAGACACAUAAAAUAACGGUUGUCACAGCCAGAGCUAAGAGGUCUGCAACCAGAAAUACCAAAAGAUAUGGAAAGAAGUUGGCAAAGAAAUGCCACACAAGGUCAUGCUGCAGUGGAUUUGUUUACCUUGACAUUACUGAAGAUGUGGCUGUUUUCCUGCCUGCAUACAAGUUGAAUGGCUUAUGCUUGAAACGCAAGAAGAUGGAAGUCAAGACUGGUAAGGUUAAAAGGGAGAAACCUACCAUGACGAAAAAGAAGAACAAACGGGUAAAUCAAUGACAGAAAGUAUUCUUUCUUGUCAGAUAAACAAAACUUGUUCAAGAAGAUCCUUUA